UGGGACGUUUGCUAGGUGUGAGUGUGUGAUCGGACUCCGGAACGGGGCGUCCCAGCCAUCCGCGCCCUGUAAUGGGCUCAGGGAGCCUAGUGGGAACGGAGAAUAACGAGAUCAGAACCAUGGUCCCAAGGACUCAAACUUUCAACGGGAAUUUGGAAGUCCAUCUAUGGGAAGUCUGACGAGUCCAAAGAAAAUACAGAUAAUGACAUAAAACUGCCGAAGGUUGUAUUUUACCAAUAUAAGGGUGGUAACCAAAAAAAAAGAAAAUAGCCAAUAAAGGAAACAGGAGACUCAUCAAAAGAUAAGAAGGAAGGCUCCAGGAUGGUGAUAAAGAAAGAUCGCAGAAGGCUGGUUGUGUACCAGGAGAAGACAGCAUCCAGGCAUUGGAGACAUUUGUUUCUGAGUCAAAGCUAUCUGCGAAACCAUGGCUAAUACAAGAACAGUACUUGAUGCUGAAGAGUACCCCGACACUGAGGUACAGAAAAACCGAGUGCUAACUCUGGAAGAAUGGCAAGAAAAGUGGGUGAAUCACAAAAUUGCAUUUCACCAAGAACGAGGACAUCAGCUAUUAAAGAAGCAUUUGGAUACUUUUCUUAAAGGCGAGAAAGAACUGAGGGUAUUUUUUCCUCUUUGUGGAAAAGCAGUUGAGAUGAAAUGGUUUGCAGACCGAGGACACAGUGUAGUUGGUGUGGAAAUCAGUGAACUUGGGAUACGGGAAUUUUUUACAGAGCAGAAUCUUUCUUACUCAGAAGAACAAAUUAUGGAAAUUCCUGGAGCCAAAGUAUUCAAGAGUUCUUCAGGGAACAUCUCAUUGUACUGUUGCAAUCUUUUUGAUCUUCCCAGAGCAAAUAUUGGCAAAUUUGACAGAAUUUGGGAUAGAGGAGCAUUAGUCGCUAUUAAUCCAGGUGAUCGCAAACGCUAUGCAGAUAUAAUGUUGUCCCUAACAAGAACUGGGUUUCAGUACCUCUUGUCUGUUUUUUCUUACGAUCCAACUAAACAUGCAGGUCCACCAUUUUACGUUCCAGAUGCUGAAAUUAAAACAUUGUUUGGUUCAGUGUGCGAUAUUCAUUGUCUGGAGAAGGUUGAUGCUUUUGAAGAACGACAUAAAAGUUGGGGAAUUGACUACAUUAUUGAAAAGUUAUAUCUAUUUAUAGAAAAGUAAAUGAGAUGUAAAUAGAUGCAAGUAAUAUCAACAUGUUUUUGAGCAAUUGAAAAUUGUGCUAAGGCAUGAAAAUAUAAUAGAUGACUUUUGGAAAAAAAUUCUUCACAAAUCACAUCACAGAUCUUUGCUCAAAAAUGCUUAUAACUUUUUAGGAAAAAAAACACGUACUUUGGAAAAGAGAGUGUGACUGGGGGAGAAAGAUUAUACCUGUGUGUCUUACUUACAGAUUGAAAGAAUAUUUUACAAUCAGCAUGUAUUACUUGUAUAAUUAAAGAAUAAAAGAGAAAUAUAAUGCAUAUAACUUAAAUAUAAUAGAAACAUUGGCAUUCUUUAUGAAAUUUAGAACCAUUGAGUAAAUGUAACACUUUAAUGGGGUCCAAGGUAAAAGAUAGUGGUCUAAGACAUUAUAUAAACAUUAAUUUUUACUAUAAACCCUCAUAUUGUACUCAAUCCUAGCACUCCUUUUCACGUUUUUUCUCCUUAUAUAAUUUUAUGUGUGACAGAAUGAAGUAAUAAACUUUUAAAUUAAUCAAUCUAUAUGGAAAAAAUAUUUUUCCCAAACUGUAAAAAGAAAUUAUUUUUAAAAGUUGUUUUCUGUGUUUGGCAGUUUUUUGUUUCUCAUAAUUUAAUCUUGUUUAAAUGAUAAAGUCUUACGAAGUGCAGUGUACUUAGGGCUGGAUUCAUGUCUGUUCAUUAGGAAAGU